GACUACAUCGAUCUGAACGGUACGAUGUCGCACUUUGCAACGCCUUUUAUUGUUGUAAAUUUAGGAUGUGAAAUGAUUUUUGUGAUUGAUCAGCGUCUGAAAGCACAAAACAUCGCUAUGGAAAAAUGCGAAAAAGUACUCACUGAUAUAGUCACCGUCCUCUUGCAUCCGAAGUUGUUGGAUGAAUUAUUUAUACCGCAACCGGUAGCAACUCAGACUGUCGUUAAGCAAUUACUUGAAGAUAUUUCGACGACGUCUAUAAUGAGACUGGACGAAUAUUCAUUGAGCAAACUAUGGGAUUUAAUGACAAUGAUCUAUAAGUGGCAGCUGAGCACAGCAACAAUUCAAAAUAUUUUCGAUAUCAGCAGACGUCAUUUGAGAAGUGUUGCUGCAUUAAUGCCACGAAAUUACUCAAAAGAUAUAAUCGAGAAUGCUAUUAAAAGAUUUGGAAUCUUAGCGCAGGACCUAUCCGACGAAGACUACAAAUGCCUUAGUAAUACGGUCAUAUUUUGGUUUAAUCAAUAUCAUGCUAAAAUAUCAGUUCUUCUACGACUCGACUUGCAAAGAAAGGAUGGUACCUUUUGCCUUCCAGUAUCUAUAAAUCCCAACAUAAUAAAAAAUUUAGGAGAAAACAUAUACAAAUACGAUUCCAAGAAAAAAACUUUAGACGAUUAUGAAACUUGUUCUGCAGACUCCAAUGAAAUCAAUUGUAUUUUGGAGAGUAUUGAAAGUAUUAAGUCAAAAAGUAAAGUCCAGAUUCAAUUACCCAUAGAAUUUGGAAAUGAUUUUUCUACAAAACAAACUUUGGAGAUUGAAAGAAAUAUGUUGUUCGAAUCCAUAAGUACGAAUGUUAAAACGAAUACCAUGGAUCUUAGAUUUUCACCAGAGAUGCCGAAAUCUACUCAGGAAGAUUUAUUGCAAAUGCUAGAUGACUUCGAUAACUAGUGAAUUGAAUAGUAAUAGUAGAUGUGUGUAGUUAACUCAAUGUUUGGAAUAAUUUUAUUUCCCAUAAAAUAAGACAAUCCCAUUCAUCUGGUAAGACUAACGAUCAAGUUGUCGAUUGUUGGUAUUUUCCUAUAGUUCCGCUUAAGGUAAAAUACCAACCAUCGACAAUAUUUCAAUUAAUAUAAUAAACAAACUAAAGUAGGUAUAAAUAUAAGUUUAUAGUGGAUAUGACGGGGGAUGACUCACGUAGGUAUUUAGACAUUAAUAUUUAAUGUUAUCUGUAAGACUGUAAGCCCUAUUAGUAUUCACAGCCUCGUUUGCUAGUGAAUUGUUUCUGUACGGUAUAUCGUCAUAUUAGUUAAAUUGUUCCUUUUAUAGUUUUCGAGCCUAUAAUUAAAUAUGGAUAGUUACUAGAA